AUGGAUCUCUCACGGCAGGAGUAUCCAGCGUUGCUGGCCUCUUUGCAGCCCGGCCAAGCCACAAACGUGCUCAAUGAGCGCAUUCGCGUCAUAAACAAAGUCAAUGCGGACAUCGCGGACUGGCUCCAGGAACGUCGUCGCAUUGAAGAAUUAUAUGCUCAAGGGCUCCGGAAACUUGCGCAUCGGCCACAGCUGGACAAUGGCGCGGCGCUCGGUGUCUUUCAAAUCCCGUGGCAGCGCAUAAUCAGUGCCACUGAAUCAAUAGCCCUGUCACACGAAACCUUCGCACAUAAGAUCGAUGAGGACGUCGAACGUCCGUUGAGAGAAUAUAGCACCAAGAACCGAGAGCUAUCGUCAAUGCCUGGUAUUCAAAGUGACCUUGCAGGAUUGGCUAAAAAUUACGACACGUGUCACAAGAAGGUGGAAAAGGCCAGGGAAAAGGGUCCUAAAGGUGCAGAUAAACUAGCUAGCGCCGUGGCCGCUGCGGAAGAAAUCAGCCAGCAAUGGGACUCAAGGGCGCCGUUUGUAUUUGAACAGCUUCAAGCAGCAGACGAGAGCCGUCUCAACCACCUUCGGGAUGCUCUUACACAGUUAGAGACCCAUGAGACAGAUCAGGUUGAGCGCUGUCGCCAAGCUGCUGAGAGCUGCUUGAACGUUCUUCUCAACGUGGAGACUGCCGACGAGAUCAAGACAUUUGCUGCGAAAGUCAAUGGAGGGAGGCCUGUCGUACCGAGGAGACAGCAGACUACCUCGCCUCCCCCAGUAGCACCUCUUUCUCCUCCACCGCGCCUACAGGAUGACGCUGCUAGCCAGCGAUCGGAGCAUUCGGGGCCGAUCAGGACGCCUCCUGUUCCUGAGCCUCGGCAUAAUGCUCCCCUCGGUGGUCUCAAAAGGCUGGGGACGGUCAUGAACCGACGUAGGAGCAUCGUUGGGCCCUCUAGUGCCGCCCCCUUCUUUUCAGACAAGAAACAUCGCAGUCCGUUUGCCUCUUUCAAGAGGGGAGACUCGCGUGAUCUACAGAUUCCUGAGACCCCUCCCGACGGAUCCGAGCGUCCUGGAACCGCCAUGACGACUCAGGAUAGCUAUGCUGAAGCGCCGGGCGUUUUGAGCGAAACCCACGAGAAUGAGGGCUUUUCGGGCGUGACGUCCAACACGGAGCCCCAGUCGGCACCGGGUACAGCCAACGGAACAACAUCUCAUGAAGCUCUCCCUGAAGCAGUUCCUACAAACAUAGCCCCAAAUGAGCCACGCGUGGACUCGGAGGGUUUCUCGGAGCGACCAGAGACCAUUGACGAAAUCACAAGGGCUCAAAGAGAGGCAGCUGGGCUGGAAGAGUCGGGGAUGAACUUGACGAUCAGAGACCAACCGAUCUUCGAGGACGAAGAUCAAGCUAAGCAAGCGAUGGAUGAUAUGGCUAAUCAGCUCCGACUGCGAGCCCAGCAAAGUGGCGCAAGACGAAACGCCGGAACCCUGCGUGGCCGCCGCGAUGUCCGUAACACAGUCUUUAUCCCUACCCCAGGAAAUGAGAUCCCUGCUGUGCCGUCGGCUUUGGAUAUGUCGGUGCCGACCUCCCCAUCGUUGCAGACCAGGCAUGUUGCUUCCCCUAGUACCGCUACAGACGACCAUGCCAUGUCCGACACGACUUCUAUCCGCUCGUCUCAUACUUUGCAUAAUGCCCCGAGCCCUGUUUCGCACCCCGAGCUACACGAGCCGGGUCUGAAUGCAUCGAUCAUCGACACGGUCAGUGCGUGGUUCACCGAGGGCGCGGUGACCAAGUCAUUUGUUCUUGGGGAGCUUGCAUUGGCGUACAAUGCCACCCCUGAUGUGACACCGGGAAGCACCCGAGUCCGCCUCGACAACUUCCAGAUUCUAGAAAAGGUGGCCGCAAACCCGCAUUUUGUGAGCGAGGAUAAGGGCAAGGAUCAGUCCGAUGAGAAGCGGGGUGAAUAUAGCAUCAAUCUUUCCAGCAUUGCGCGACCCUCGCCGACCGUGGCUUUCAAGUACCAGGUCCACAUGGAUCCCGCGGUGGCCGCAGCCUAUUGCCCUGUUAUUUUCAAACCGGUGUGGAAUCUUGAAGAACACCAGGCGAGCGCAAUCAUCUUCUAUUCUAUCAACUCGUCGUCCAUGCCUGCAUCGGGGAGUUCCAUCACCCUCAAAAACUUGGUCUUGACUGUGAACUUGGACACGUCUCCUGUGGAAGGGCGCGAAGCAGCCCAUGCCACGGCUGCUGUCAUGUAUCCCAACACCGGAGCAACCUUUCGUCGCAAACAAUCUGCAGUGACCUGGAAGAUUCCCGAGCUUGAGGUCAAGGCUGGAUCUGAUGCCAAAUUGCUAGUCCGGUUCUCGACAGCCACCAGUUGGCCGCGGAAGGGCAAGGUUGAUGCCAAGUUCGAGAUUCACACCAUUGAUGAUGGAUCCCGCUUGAGAAUCAGCGCCGCUUCCUCAACGGAGCAGGCGCCGAGGAAAGGCUCCGAUCCCUUUGCAGACGAAGAGUUUGGGGAAACCACUGAGGCGCAGUCAUCCUUGGAAUGGCGAAGUGUUCCCACCGCACGGAAGCUACUCGGCGGAAAAUAUGUCUCUUCCUAA